AUGAUCAUCAAAGACCGAACUGAAAAAAAAAACACAUACAAAAAAAAAUAUCCAAUCAUAUUCUUUGGCCUCAUCUCAUCUCAUUUCCUCUAUAUCACAUAUACACCAAUGAAGUUAUAUUUUGAAGCAGAAAAGUUUUUAAAACCAAACAAAGGAACUAACGGGAGUCUACAAUCUCGUAUAUUCAACGAUAAAAGAUUAACCAAUUCCCCAAAACACAUAUUUGCCUUGGUCUAUUCUACAUUAAAGUACAAAGAAUACAUCGAUGUGAUUGUGAAAAAAUCAAAAAUCCAACAUGAUCUUCAAAUUAAAAAAGUGAAGAUGAGCAAUGAAUUAUUAUGCUUAUUGGUUCAUGAUUUAUUGUUUUCUUCAAAAGGGAGAAUCCAGAGUGGGAAACAUCCUAUGAAAGACGCAUUUUUGCUGAACAAGACAAGAUUACAAGCAGAAUUCACCAAAUUGAAAUUGAAAUAUAAAGUGAAGUCAGUUGACCAAUUACCAACGAAGGAAGCUGACGAUGAUGAAACUCCAAUACGGUGGUUUAGAAUUAAUACCAUUAAAAUUGACAUAGAUAGAUUUUACACCAAGCAUCCAUUCUUCAAGCAACUACAACCAGUGAGCUCAAUUGACGAAAUCACAGAAACAGGGAUAAUUUAUUCUGAUGAUUAUAUUCCUAAUUUAUUUGGGGUUCAUCCAAGAGAGAAAAUCACAUCGACUGAAGCUUAUAGAUUAGGGGAAAUAAUUAUCCAGGAUCGUGCAUCUUGUUUCCCAAGUCACAUACUUAAUGCAGAUCCUGAAGAUGUUCAUACCCAAGUUAUAGAUGCGUGCGCAGCACCUGGAAACAAAACGACCCAUGCAGCAGCACAUCUACCAAACUCAGAUUCAGUCGUGUAUGCAUUUGAAAGAGAUUCAAAAAGAGUGAAGAUAUUGAAGACCAUGUGUGAGAAAGCCACAGGUAAAACGAAAAAGAAACUUAUCCAAGUGACUCACGCUGAUUUCACAACCACAAAACCCGAAGAUUUUCCUGAUGUUACUGGAUUAGUUAUUGAUCCAUCGUGUAGUGGAUCAGGUAUUUUUGGAAGGGCAUUAGAAGAUUCACAUAAUGAAGAAGAAAUUGAAAAUGUUAACACAGAGAGGCUUAACAAAUUAGCUGGAUUUCAAUUUGCCAUAAUGAAACACGCAUUGCUGUUUCCAUCAGCCAGGAAAGUUGUUUAUUCAACAUGUUCAAUUCACGCGCAAGAAAAUGAGAGGGUCGUGGUGGAUUUGCUACUGGAUCCAGAAGUAAAUCGCCGGGGGUGGAAGUUGGCUGACCGAGAAAUUGUGUUACCGAAGUGGGACAGAAGAGGUUUUGAAGAAGAAUUUAUCAAGAUAUCAAGGGAUCCUAAAGAAUGUGCGAGAUUGGCAGGUGGUUGUGUACGAGCAAAUCCUAAAGAAGAUGGAGGGAUCGGAUUUUUUACAGCAUGUUUUGUAAGAUCAACUGAAGUUAACCAUGAGAACUGA